CCGCUCAUUUUGCAAAGUUGCAAAUGACGGAUUUAGCGUCGUAAUGGCCGUUAUUUUUGUUGUCUAAAAAAUUGAGCCGGUUUUUACACAUAUUGAUGCAGAAAUGAGUGAAAAGUGGUAAUAAAGAGUUUUUAGUGAAGAAUUAUAUUAUAUUCACAAGGACGAAGUCGUAUUGAAAAACUGUUAGGAACGUUAGGAAUUAUUUUACGAUUGUCUAGGAAUUUGUAAAGCCUGGUUCGCCGUGACCGAUGUGCUUCUCAUAAAAUUUUGCAGCUAAACUAGAAAAUAAUAAAGAAAAAGGGCACAAUUAAUUUUUAGAUGUUAAUAUAAUAGCGACAUUAAAAUGAGUACGAAGGACAUAAAUAAGAUUGGCGAGGAAGACACCAAAACUCCUGACAAGCAACAAAUCGAAGCCGAGGAAAAGGAGGUGAUGCUAAAAAAUGAAAAAGAAAAGAUAGAAGAGAACAUGAAAAAUGAUGAAGGGCCGGUAAAAUCGGCGCUAUCGGGAGAUAUAACGGAGCAAGGGAGAGAGGUUAAACCAAAGUUCAUACCCAUAGGAGCUAUAAAGAUGCCUGGCUUUUUUACUAAGAACUCGGACAAAGACAAAUCCAAGGAUGAGGAGGCAAUAGAAAAGGACAAUGAGAAAUCCGCUGAUAAAGCAGACGAGGAACAACCUAAACAAUUAUUUGGUGUUGGAUUUUGUCCAUUUAUGAAAUUUUUAAAUAAGGAGCCUAGUGAGGGAGAUAACACAAAGAAACCCAUGGGUUUAUUCAAAUUACCAUAUCCAAAACUAUUUCAAAAGAAAUCAACCAAUGCAAAUGAGGCAGCAUUAGCAUCAAUGGAAACUCUGGAGGAUAAAGUUGAUGCCGCUAAUGAUGGGCUGGAAAAUAUCAAAUUGGAUAUGAGUGAUGAUGAGGAAGGACCAGUGUCAGUUAAACUUCCACUUCAAGAGAGAAUCAGACAAAUGAAAUUGACCAAAGAUGACAAGAUUGUUUGCGCUAUAUUGUUGCUUCUGCUUUUCAUCAUAAUUUUACUUUCAAUAAUAUUAGGAACGAAAACUGCAAUACCAGCUGAAAGACCUCUUCGCCUCGGCCGCUACAUAACUACACAGACUACAUGUGGCCUAGUGGAAGGAAUAUUGGAUGAUGGCACCUACAAGUUUUAUAGCAUUCCAUUUGCUGCACCACCACUCGACGAUAGGCGAUUUGCCAAUGCUAAACCUUUAAAUAAUAUGUCAAUGUGCUGGAAUGGCACCUUGGAAGUUCACGAACCGGGUUCUUUAUGUCUUCAAUCCCUCGAGAACAGAAACAUUACUGGUGAUGAAAACUGUCUGACACUUGAUAUUGUCACUCCUCAUGUCAGGUAUGAUACACCACUUCCAGUCGUCGUGUUGAUUGGCGCGAACACACUAGCGGGUGGCAUUAGCCCGGCGCAACCUUCCGCGGCCAUGUCAAAAUCCAAGGAAGUCGUUUUCGUCCGUCCAAACUUCAGAUUAGGCUCCUUUGGUUUCUUGGCUCUGGACAUCUUAUCAAACUCGAAAUAUCCCCCGACUUCAGGAAACUACGCUCUCAGCGACUUAAUGAUUGCAUUACAAUGGAUACAAUAUAAUAUAAAACAUUUUGGUGGAGACCAAGACUCUGUUACUUUGCUCGGUCACCGGGCCGGGGCGACACUCGCGGCCGCACUCACGACUAUCAAAAAGGCCCAAAAACUAUAUUCCCGCGUCUGGCUCUCCUCGCCCUCUGUCAUUUUUCCUGGAGAGCCUCUAGAACAAUCGCAAAAAAAUUACGAACAAUUUAAGGAAAGAAGUCAAUGUAAUGACGUGGAAUGCCUUCGCCGCAUUUCGCCUGCGCAGGUUCUGGACGCCACCCAAGACACAUGGUUAGAAAACGAUGUUGACUCGCUACCAUCCGUUCGAAGAACUGAGAGGUCGUGGUUGGUUCUAGAUGGAGAUUUCCUCCGGACGCAUGCUUACGAAAGCUGGGCUGAAUUAAAGGAAGCGCGGAAUAAAGGAAAAGAAAAAGUUUUCAAACCGAUGGUGUUUGGUACGACGCAACAUUCCGGGCACUCGAAAUCGCUUCGCCAAAAGCAUAUGAAUUGGACUUCCGAAAUUGUCGAAAAAAUGGUGAACGAAAGCUACUUGGGCGAGAGAAACCUGACUAAUGAAGUUUUCAAAUAUUUUAAUAAAACUUAUGAAGGUCUGGUAGAAUUGAUAUCGAAUAUUCGUACGCUGUGUCCGCUGGUCAGCCUUGCGCGGAUGCGCCUCAACACGCCGCUGUACGUGGCUCUCGGCUCGGGGGCGGGCGGCGGCCCGACGGGAACUGGCCUGGCAGAUAUUAAUUCAGACAUAAAAGCUAUUUUAGGAACGUUGGAAGCUAGCACACCGGAACAGAGAAGCUAUGUAUCAUCUAUACAGAAAAUGUUUUAUUAUUAUGUCUCGCACGGCAAGCUGUUACCGCAAGUGGAGUUGUACGGCCUAAUAGAGGUCAGCAGCGAGCCGCGCCAAGCUCACGGCUUACCAGCCUGUGACUUCCUUAUUCAGGAGGACAUUGUACCGAGAUACGCACAUAUCGACUAAAUACGACAGCUUUGACAACCCCUGUAGUUAUUUAUUUGCCGAAUCUUAGUAUUUUGAGUCACGUGUUCAGGGUUUACUGAAGUAAGUUAAUAUUUGAAGAAUCUUCCAAUACUCAGAAUUUUUUAAGUCCUUAGUAAAGUUUUGUAACUAUUUUACUUUUUGACAUUUUUCUAUUGAAGACUGAAUACCACCACCGCCAAUGAUAUUAGGAAUGGUCUCACAUUUUUUUGUAAGUUUUGUAUGUAGUUUAUAAUAAUAAUUGAAAUAUACUUUUAAGUGGUACAAUAUGAUACUCAACAGCGAACGCCAGUGUAGCAUUUUAUAAUUAUUAUUAGUCAUUACCAAUAGUAAGAUAAGACAUCUUAGGUUAGAUAACCACAUCAUUACCAUGUUUCCAAUGAAUUAUGUGAUUUACAUUACAAGUCUGACAAACCCAAAGAUAUUAAAUUUGUAUUACUUUUGUAGUAUGUAGUCAUAAUAGCAUUUGUACGUAAACUUAUUGUGUGAAAUAGUCAGUAAUUACUAUAAAAUAGUUUUUGAGCAUAUACCAAAUAUUGAUGCCACAGCUAGCUCGUUUUGAGGCUAAUAAUAUUUUUUUAGUAGUUCAAUUUUGAGUCAAGGUCAAGUGUUCUUUGAGCCUGCAAUGAAAAUUAUAUACAACACACCUAAUAUUGCAAUAUAAUAUCUUACUGAAAUAAAAUUGGACUGCUAAAAAUUGUUUUGUAUACAAUAUGCGUGUUUUUGUAAUUUUUGUAAACGCCUUGGAAUGUUUUUUUUUUUGUAUGUGAUCAUUAGUAACUUAUUCUUAUUGUGUAUGUCGCCAAAUUAGAUAUCGAAAUUCAUGAGUACAUAUCACGUACUUAUAGAAUGCUUUCCGUUAGCUUUAAUAAAUGUAUGAGAAUAA